AUGGCUCUCGUGGCAUACUCCGACAGCGAAGGCUCCGACAAUGAGGCGCCUGUCGCGUCGAAGCCGAACGACUCGAAGCCCAAACCGGCAGAUGGAGCAGCUUUUCGCAAAGUCGAGCCGCGCAAGAUAAAAGUCGACUUGCCGGCUGUCAAACCUGAAGUAGAAGACGCAGAAGCCGAUAGACCAGCGAAGAGAGCGCGGACUGGAGGUGGAUUCAGCGGCUUCAACAGCCUACUGCCUGCACCUAAGCGACCGGCUGGUAAUGCGCCUGGCAGAGGGGUUAGUCUCAAGACGAGCUCGGAAGCUGCCUUCAGUCGCCAGCCUGUGAACGGCAGUGUCAACGAGACGCCAGAGGAUGAGACGUACGCAGGUGGGCGGGAUGAGGGGUUGAAUGGCAGCACAACAGAAUAUAUACCGGCCCCACCACAACCGGAGGCCAAACCCGUAGGCAAGGCGACGAAGUUCAAGCCAUUGAGCGUGCAGAGUGGGCAAAAGAAGAAGAAGAAACUAUCACCUCAGAAGCCUUCAGAAGGUGAUGACACAAGACCUGCCCCCGAAGACUCAAAGGCACCAUGGACAGCAGACUCGAGGGACGAAGCAGUCAAAGCACGGACGGCACCUCCCCCAAAGCCUAAACGGUCACUCUUCUCGGUGCUACAGGCCGAAGAGUCUGAGAUAGCACCACAAACCACCGCAAACUCAUAUGAGGCUAUCACAACGCAAUCCGCGUCCGGACCGGAAGACCAGCGACCAGAAGCGCAACAACCACAACAAUCCACCCCCGCCCCAGCACCAUCCAACAACCUCUCAAGCCUAGCCUCCGACCUGAACCUCUCCAACGCCGAGCGUCGCCGCCUCUUCGGCAGCCACGCAAAAGGCGGCGAUAUCAACAUCGCGCACUUCAAUAUGGAUGCCGAGUACGCUUCCAACGAGCAGCUGAGGCAGGCAGGCGAGGUAGUGGAGCACAAAGCUGUCAAGUCUAUCGCGCCGGGCAAGCAUAGUCUUCAGCAGCUUGUGAAUAAUGCACGGAGCCAGCAGGAGAAUUUGGAGGAUAAGUGGGCGGAAGGGAGGCGAGAGAGGGGAGAGGGGCAGGGGAAGUAUGGGUGGGGACGGUGA